AUGGUCCGCAAAUUAAAAUUUCAUGAGCAGAAGCUUCUGAAGAAGGUAGAUUUUAUAAACUGGGAGGUGGACAACAACAUCCAUGAAGUGAAAGUGCUGCGAAGAUUCCGUAUUGAGAAGCGCGAGGACUACAUGAAGUACAACAAGCUCAGUCGUAACAUCAGAGAUCUGACUCAGAAGAUCCGCGACUUGGAUGAGAAGGACGGUUUCAGAGCUCAGAGCACACACAGACUGUUGGAGAAACUAUACAACAUUGGCUUGAUUCCCACCAAACAGAACUUGGCCCUCACUGAGAAGGUCACAGCUUCCUCAUUUUGCAGGAGGAGACUUCCAAGUAUCAUGCUCAAUCUUCGCAUGGCUCAAAACUUAAAAACCGCCAUCACAUUUAUCGAACAAGGACAUGUGCGUGUUGGCCCAGAAAUAGUUACAGAUCCAGCUUUUCUUGUUACAAGGAACAUGGAAGAUUUUGUAACUUGGGUGGAUUCGUCAAAGAUCAAGCAGCAUGUCAUGAAUUAUAAUGAUGAGAGGGAUGAUUUUGACCUUGUUGCAUAAUCCUGCACCCACGUUGAAGAAAAAGGAAGUAAUUUUAUUGUGCUUUUGAGGACUUACUAUCUCAACUACAAGCAUUUUGUUCACAAGAAAUAAAAUCUUGUGUGACGCUAUUGGAUUAACUAUACAUAUUCCUCUCAAGCAUUACAACAGCUGUGGGAAGGCUUCAGAAUGGCUUGUGUCUGGAUCUUCAAAAUAAUGAAAAUCACAACUGAUCCUGCAAGAUCCCUCUUUCACACCACUACUGAGUGAGAAACACAAGAGCCAUUGAUUUGAACCUUUGAAUCUUUGGGAGACUUAGGCAGGAGGACUUCCUGGGGUGGAGCGCAGUGUUUGCUCUGAAUGUGGACUUGUGCGAACAAUGAGACUGCACUUUGGUACAGAGUCUAGUCUUAACACACACAGAAACUGUUGGAAAGUAACUUUUAUUUGAUAAAGAUUUAAUCUACUGUAAA